AUGCAGCCGACUAUAAUUAUCACCAAGUCCAAGGUGCCAGGAGUAAAAGAGCCUGCUCAGAAACCCGGCAAAGAAGCAGGCGAUAAAAAGGUUGACAAUGCUUCCAAAAAAGGCGCCAAGGAAGAAGACAGUGAUGAAAAUGAGGAAGAGGAGAAUGAAGAGGAAGAAGAGGAGAAAGUAGAUGAAAAUGGAAGUGGCGCUAACGCCACCAGCACAAACAGCACUCUCGAAGAAACUGGAAACGGUGGAGAGGAGGAGGAAGAGGAAGAAAACGAAGCAACCACCAUCAGUCUAACCACCUUGGUCACAACUGUCAACCCUACUGAAAGUACUACGGGCGAACAAUUUCAAGACAGCACCACCGCUGCAGAUCAGGGCCAGCAUGACACGACCACUGAAGAUCCAUGGGUGCAUGAUGCCACCACCACAAAUGGUUAUGAUGAACAUGGAUAUGAAGUCCAAACUGAUUAUUAUGGCAGUGAGAACGGGUACCCACGAGGAGAUACUUUCAGAACAUACGAGGAUGAGUAUAGUUACUACAAGGGGCAUGGAUACGAUGUAUAUGGCCAAGAUUAUUACUAUAAUCAGUGAAAAAAAUUAGCCAACCCUGGUUAUAUAUUUUUGCAUGUCAAUUGUUCACAAAAAUCUACUCAGGAAAAUGCAUCACAAUAGAAUGGUGCUUGUAAAAUGAAAUAAGCAGUUGAUAUCUGGUAUUAGUGCUAACUAUGAAAAUAUGCUGUUUUUAAAGGUUUGUCUUUGAUCAAUAUUCAUGUACCUAUCAUGGAUUUAUUUUAAAGAAAUAAUCACAUUGAAGAUUGAAUAUUAUUUUGUUGCUCAACAUCAGUUUUUCUUUGGAUGGUGCUGAACUUGGACUUGGUUCCAUAUUAGCCACUUCUUUGUCAGAUGAAAACAUUAUCAGACUGAAGUUUGUUGUAUAAAAGAGAUGGCCCAUUCUUAUAUUUAUGUUAAAGCUGAGAUAUACCAACCAGAUUGACUCGAAGUAAACAUAAUGAAAGAGGUUAAAUGUAUCAGACUAAUUUCAU